CCUUUUCUUUGCUCCAUACCACCUGUCAUCAUGCGGUCCCUUCUGGUUGCCUUGACGGCUUUCACCACUGUCUUUGCAGCUCCUGUAGAGGAGAAGCGUGCAACUGGUCCCUCCGCGGUCGUCAAAAACGGAACGAUCAUUGGAAGCUCCACUGGCAAUGUUGAGUCUUUUAAGGGCAUCCCAUUCGCUCUCCCUCCCACUGGCAGUCUUCGACUGAAGCCUCCUCAAUCGAUAACAGCAUCCUACCCUUCAGGAACAUUUGCAGCUACUGGCAUGCCAAAAGCGUGCCCACAGUUUUUUAGCCAGGUGGACACCACCAAUAUACCUUCAGAUGUUCUUGGAGAACUUCUCAUGUCACCACUGGUGCAGGCAGCGACAGACACUGGCGAGGACUGUUUAACUCUCAACGUCCAACGCCCGGCUGGCACCACAUCCUCUUCGAGACUGCCCGUGGUGUUCUGGAUCUUUGGAGGCGGUCAGUAUCGAGAUCAUACACUGAGCUAUACGAAAGCUGACAGCAUACAGNGUUUUGAGGUAGGCUCUACUCAACAGUAUGACGGUACUCCUCUAGUCGCGGAGUCUGCCACGCUGGGACACGGCGUCAUCUACGUGGCAGUCAACUACCGCGUUGGAGGAUUCGGCUGGCUGGCUGGGAAAGAGCUACAAGCAGAUGGCUCUACCAACCUUGGGCUCAAAGAUCAGAGAAAGGGUCUUGAGUGGGUCGCUGAGAACAUUGCCGCUUUUGGCGGCGACCCUACUAAGGUGACUAUCUGGGGAGAGUCAGCAGGAUCGAUCUCGGUCUUCGAUCAAAUGAUUGUCAACAGUGGCGACAACACGUACAACGGGAAGCCAUUGUUCAGGGGUGCCAUCAUGGAUUCUGGUUCCAUUGUACCUGCAGUGGACGUCGCGCAUCCCAAAGCACAGGCUGUCUACGAUGUCGUAGUGAAUGCAGCUGGUUGUUCUGGCAGUAGUGAUACACUCAACUGCUUGAGGAACGUUGACUACGAAACCUUCAUGAGAGCCGCCGAUUCUGUCAACUUGGCAUACCUGCCUCGUCCAGAUCCUGCAGAUGGGUUUUUCCCUGUCAGUCCCGAGGUCGCGGUUGCGAACGGUAACUAUGCUAAGGUGCCGCUGAUCUCUGGAGAUCAAGAAGACGAAGGCCCACUGUUCAGCUUGGUGCAAAACAACAUCACAACUACAGACCAGUUGGUCGAUUACGUUGCUAGUGCUUUCCCGGACACUCCUAAAUCUGUGGUGGCUUCCUUUGUCGCAACAUACCCUGACGAUGUCACUGCUGGGUCUCCGUUCAGAACAGGCCUGUUGAACAACAUCUACCCGCAAUACAAGCGUCUGGCUGCCAUCCUCGGAGAUUCUGUCUUCAACUUGCGUCGUCGACAACUUCUUUACGCCGUUUCUUCGACUGUCCCUUCAUGGAGCUACCUCGACAGCCAUCUCUACGGUACAGCAGUACUGGGAACCUUCCAUGGCAGCGAUCUGCUGAGCAUUUUCUUUGGUGUUGGAGGCGUCACCACCCAAAAGACUUAUCUCGACUAUUACACCUCGUUUAUCAACUUCCUCGACCCGAAUGCUCUUGGUUCCGCCGCUCCACUCAUCAACUGGCCUCAGUACAACACUACGAAGCCUACGCUGUUGAAUCUGCAAGCGAUUGGUAAUACCCUGCUUCCUGAUACAUACCGCAGUGCAAGUUUUAGUGCUCUACAAGCGGAUUAUGGGUAUCUGCGCACCUAA